AUGAGCGGUACAUCGCUAACUGAAAUCGUCAACGCUGGAAAAGGGACGCUCUCAGCAGCAGACCUCAAGAGCAAGGCGAAAACAAGAAAAGUGAUCGAAGCUCUCGCACAAUCACAAACGGACCAGUACGUCUCAUGCGACAUGAUACUUCGCGCGAAAUGGCUGUGGACAGGUCAUGGCCAGGACUUAACGCCGAAAGACAACAAGCUGGGUGUACCGACGACGUUUGUGGAUCUGGUGAAGAUGGUGCAGAGUAAAGCACUUGAAAGAGCCGACAUAACUGCCUCAAACGAAGAGUACUUGAGGUACAUCGCUGGAACUGAAGUGACCAUCGAAAAAAGAAGGUGGCUACAGUAUAGAGAUCCAGCAGCGACGGAGUCUGACAUCAACAAGGACUCGGAGAGAGAAAGCUCAGCAUUCUUCGAGAAAUUGAAGAGUGACAAGUACUCUGAUGCAGAACUUCUAGUACAAGCGACACGGAAAGCACGCACGAUUAUGAAAACAGCACUAGGAUCGGAUGACCCAACGAUCAUAUCCAUAAAGAAGUCAGUACUUCGAGGGGGUCAUUACCGAGACUUAAACGAAUUCAUUUCGAUCUGCCAGGAUCAGGAUGGUUGCCAGGACAUAGCGAACGAAAACGUAGCGAUUACGGAUUUUGCGCGGGAACUCAAACGGAACUUGUCGCACAAUCUGGGUCAAGCGAAUCUGAAGCAGCUGGCACUAUUCUAUUCGGGCGCACUACAAGACAAUUUGGCUGCUGGCGAUGACAAGAAGGUGAAAACACAGAAUGUCGACGGCAGAAAGCUGAGCAGAAGUCUUGCGGAAGAAGAAUCGCCCAUCAUCUCAAGAACAGCAGUAGCGUUAGCUUUGACUCACUGCGAUGACCGAACUCUAACGAGGAUAGAGCGGGAAUAUAGAUCUCAAUCGGGAAAAACAACAUCACCGGAGGAUCUCCCGCUCGAUCUAACGAAGUUCCUUUCGAUCGCAACGCUGGAGGCGGCGAAGACGAGCCAAAAGCGUUGGAGUAAGGAAGGUUGA